GUUGCCGACUCACGGGUCUCUCUCUCUCUCUCUCGAUCACUGUUUCACAAUCACAGUGAUAUUUUGAGAAAGCAGCUAUGGCGGAAGAGUUCUCGUUGGACGAUCCCACUCAACUACUCGAAGCAGCUUCAGAUUUCGCACUUUAUCCUGGUGCUCAAAACGACACUUCAUCGAAGAACUUCCUCGACCGCUUCCCUCUUCCAGUCAUAAUAAACGCGUUACAGACCAAAGGAGAUGUGCCUGGUCUUGAGAAUACUUUAGUUGCUUGUCUGGAAAGGAUAUUCCAAACAAAACAUGGUGCCUCUCUCAUCCCACAUUAUAUGCCCUUUUUGCAAGUUGGUCUGAAGGCUGAUUCCCAAAGAGUGAGGUAUUUAGCAUGUAAAACGGUUGCCUACUUUUUGGAGCAUUCUGAUGAAAAUACUGUUUCUCCAGCACGGCUAAUAAUUGACCAAGAUUUAUAUCCUCUUUUGCUUGAUUGCCUCCUUUAUGGUGACGAACAAGUCGCAACUGCAUCAAUGGAUGCAAUCAAGAAAUUAGCGGGCUCUUCUGAAGGCAUGGACGUCAUCUUCCCAGCUAAUAACAGUGAAGCUACACAUCUUGGACAUAUAGCUGCCCAAUGUUCAUCACUGGGACGGGUUCGGGUUUUGGCUUUAAUAGUGAAGCUAUUCUCAAUUUCCAACUCUGUGGCAUCCGUUAUUUACAAUUCAAACCUGCUCAGUCCAUUUGAGGCGGCAAUCAACAAUACAGAUGAUACCCUUGAAACAUUAAGUGUUUUGGAGCUGUUGUACGAGUUGGCAGAAAUUCAGCAUGGAACAGAGUUCUUGUCAAGGACCACCCUUCUUCAUUUACUUAGUUCUAUAAUCAGCAACACAUCUAUGGGAUCUAUUUUAAGAUCAAGAGCAAUGAUGAUAAGUGGAAGGCUUCUGUCCAAGGAGAAUGUUUAUAUGUUUGCUGAUGAAUCCAGUGUUAAAACUGCGAUAUCAGCCAUUGAUAAAUUACUUGAGUCAUCAGCAAGUCCAGAUACAGAUGAAAGUGAAUCUGCACUUGAAGCAUUGGGUCAAAUAGGGUCAUCGAUCCAAGGAGCUGCAUUACUACUCUCAAGUUUGCCACAGGCUGCAAGACAUGUUAUUCAUUCUGCUUUUGAUCGGCAAGGGCAUGGCAAACAGCUGUCUGCACUGCAUGCUCUUGGAAACAUAGCAGGAGAAUCAAGGCCAGAGAAUAAAAUUAUACUGAGUGGAGAUGCAGAAGAAAGCUUGCGACGUUUAAUCUAUGAAACAGCAUCCAAGAGUUCAAAGAUGACACCAUCUGGCCUUAUUUUAUCAGUUCUUCAACAAGAUUCGGAAAUUCGUUUGGCGGGUUAUAGAGUGGUAACUGGAAUGGUGGCUCGGCCAUGGUUUCUGAUGGAGAUUUGCUCAAAACAAGAGAUAAUAAAUAUAGUGACUGAUGCAAAUACGGAAACCGCAAAGAUAGGUAUGGAAAUUAGAUAUAAAUGCUGCCAGUCAAUCCACAAGGCCUUUGUGUCCUCAAGCAAACUUAUCAAUGAUCCUGCUCUUGCUGGAUCAGUGGCCAAGUUGCAGGAGGCAGUAAGAAAUGGUCCAUAUCUUGCUAGAAAGCAUCUUGAAGUUCAACCCAUCGUGAAGACAGCUGAGAGAUUUUAGAUAUGUAGGCUGCUGGAGUAAAGCCACUUUCUUGCAAAUCGGUAUACAAGAAUAUUAUGUAUAUCUCAUCGGGUUGAGGAUGACAUAAAAAUAUAGGACCUUGUAAAUAUACCUCAGACAUAAUAAGACUUGUUCCUUUUGGUUGUCAUGGGGCUAUAGCUUCAUAGAUCUUGCUGUCAGACGAAUUGCAAAGCUACCUUAAUUUGAAAGUAAACUUGAAGUUUUUUCGCA